AUGCUCACCGUGCAACGAAUGAAACCGAAUUUUUCAGAGUUCGAGAAAAUAAAGAACGGCAAUUUAAUUGUUGGUUGUGAUGACGAUUCUUUCGUCGUGGAUUACCUUGAGCAUGUUCUUAAAUUUAACUCGAAUAACAUCAAGACCUUUGACCGCGAAAACGAUUACACCACUGAAUUCGAAAGAAAAAAGAUAGCUGCUGCAUUUCUUGAACUCCCAUAUGAGAAACUUUUCCUCAAUCAGUACUGUAAAAGCUACACUGGCACAAAAGCCACAUACAGAUUUGGAGGGCUAGGCUUUGCAUUCCAAAAAGGCUCUCCUAUUGCUGCUGAUUUUUCCAAAGAGAUUCUACGCCUAUCAGAGAAUGGAAGAAUAACAGAACUGGAAGAACGGUGGUUCGCCCCCUCACCUGAGUGUUCAAGUAAUGCACCUGAUAAUGAUGUCGAAAGCUUGAACCUUCGCAGCUUCAAGGGUAUCUACAUUAUAUCUGCUGUGAUAUCUACUAUCUGUUCUCUACUAUUUCUCAUUCGCUCGUUAAGGAAUUCGCGGCAUCAUAAAGAAGCAAAUGAAGACAAUGUCACUCUAGGUGGUAAGGGUGGUCCAAGCAAGGGAGAUAGUAUUGCAAAAUACUUUUACAAUGGAGCCAAAACUCGUGUUCCUAGAAGAGCUUCAACCUUUGCUCAAGCACUUGAUACGGAUAAAUUGAGCUUUUCGAGGUAUGAAUAUGCGUCUAGUUCCGACAAUUUGGAGAUUCAUCACGAUUCCUCAUCACAAGCUGAGAUUGAAAUGCCAUAA